GUGUUUGUAGAAAUAAUUUAUAAUAAUUUAUCUUAAAUAUAUAUAAUAAUUUGUCUUAUAAGUUAUAUUGAUUCAUUCAUUCAAAAAUUAGAAUUAAAGUUAAGUAAUAAAACUAAAUUUUUGACUACAUCUUAAACUAGUAUACAGUUAAAAUAUGUUUUGUUCAACGUUAGAGAAAGAAAUUAAUAAAUAAGUAAUCGUAUAUCAAAUAAAAUUUAUUAAUUUUGACUGAAAACAUAAAUAUAAUAGUACAAAUUUAUUUGUUGCAAUAGGCAAUGACAGAGCACAGAGGUACAUCUUUUUACAAUUCUUGUAUAAAAGUUCCAGUAGAUCCUUACAGCGGGCAACCAAUUCCAUCUUAUGAACGCAUUGGAUCUAAAAAAGACAAAGAAGAUAAUAAUCUUUAUAAUAAACAUAAAAUAAAUCUUAUGAAAGGUGAUCAACUUAUUAGUGAAUCUGGAAUAUCAAGUCCUACAGAAAUUAUGGACAACUUUUUAGAAUUUUUGGACAGUAUACCAAACUAUGAUCAAGUUUAUCAUUUAUCAAAUGAGCAGUUUAAGCAAAAAGUUGAUUACUUAAGAAGGAAACAAAAAUUAUUAUUGAAAAAUUUACAAAAUUCACUGAUCGAUCAUGAAAAUGCAAAUGUGCCUAAAUUUUCUGUACCUAAAUAUAAUAAAAAAUUAAAGAUUAAAAGUAAGAAUGAUAUUAAUGAUUUAACAUUAAAUGGCAAAAGGUGUUACUUAGAAGAAUCUCGAACUCCUAGUCCUUUACUUUUUCUUUCUAGUAAAUUUAAUGAACUCUCAGAAGAGCAGGAUCUUUUGACAAAUAGUAGAAGAUAUGAAGGAAAUGGAACAGUAUGUAAGAAAAAAAUAUAUUUGAGUAAUAAAAAUUGGAGCACAUGGAAUAAAUUAAGUAGCAAUGAUAAUAUUGAAAGUGAUACAGACAGUAUAGAAACAAGAAGUUUGCCUGCCAAUAUUGCAAAGGAAUGGCACCCUACCGUACCUAAGCCAUUUAGUUUUACUGUACGAGAAGAAGCAGGAAAGUAUAUGGCACAUACUGGAAUGGAGGAACAAAAAUGCAAAAAUUUAAAAAGUAAUAAGAAAAGUCUGCGUAGAAAACGACGUGUGAGAUCAAUUCCGCUAACGUCAAAAAUUCCACUUUAUGACAAAUUAUUAGCUGAAAAGGAAGAACGGAGUCGUAUAAUCCGUGAAGAAAGUGCGUUAAAUUUAAUGUCUCAGGUACGUCCUUUUAGGCUCGAAUGUGAUCGUCGAGCUUGGCGAUUUUUAGCAAGAUCUAGCCCAGAAAUUCGUAGCAAAAGCGUUAACAUGAAUACGAAGUUUAAGGCUAAACCAGUACCAAAGAAUCUUUUCAGCACAGAAAUAUACGACCGUAUGCUUGAAGACGAAUAUUACAGGCAGUUACAAAAACAGUUAAGAGCAGCGCAAUUAAUGAAGUCAUCGUCUUUACCGCCGUCAAUGGCUAGACGAGAACGCGUUAAAUCUGCGUGCACACGUUUACAGAACACAGUUAAAAACUGCAACGAAGACAUUAAGGACAAGAAUGUUUCACAACUGCCAGAUAAUAAUUUAACGCCAGUAGAAACACAUAAACCAACGAUGCCUAUUUUGCCAAUACGAGGAAACAAUUUAGCAGCGAUUUUAAGAUGUCAAGUAUCACGAGAAAAAUUGGAACGUGAAAUAAGGGAAAAAAUGGAAGAGAGACGUCGAGAACAAACAGCAAAAAUUAGACAAUCUUUGAUUGGACGUAAUCCAGUAUGGCGAGCUCUGAGAUCUGCUGCGAGGCACGAGCACGAAAGAGAUCUUAGUAUUCGAACUUUACUCCGUCGCGAUGAAGCGCGUGAACAAGAGGAACGUCAUCGAUUGCAGAUGGAAAUGAUGCUGGAUCGCGUAACACAAAUACCAACACUUUUUGAACGUCAUUCUCAGAGUUAUCAGUCGUUGACACAAGGACAACAGAAUGUUAGUUGUUCAAAAAUGUUGCAACAAAAGAAAAAGAAAAAGCAAUAUAGACAAGCAUUGAAUACUGCAAAUUCGUAUAUAAAUUACGAAAACAUUUCUAGAUCGGAUUCCGGAUCCUCAACUAGUUCGUCGCAUACUUUCUUAUCAGCGAGUCAGUCCUUAAAUUCAUCUAAUACGUCUAUAUCGCAAUCAUCUGAAAAGUCGAUAACUAAAUCUCAAGUUUCACUUUCGAAAAGAAAAGGAGAUCGUAGUCAAUUGAAAGUCUCUAUAAAUGAAACCGCAGAGCUGAUCGAAGAUAAAAAUAAAAGCGAUAAAUUAUGUGAUAAUGAAUGUUUAAUCUCUAACGAUGAUCGCAAUGCAAAUGCGACACAGAGCAACAAAUAUAAUACAGAGAGAAGGUUAUCAGGUGUUCAUUAAGCAAUUUGACAACUAUUAAUU